AUGCCUAUUCUCCUCCCUCACAAGCGGCGGUUAGAAUGCGAAGAUUGUGGCAAACGUUUCAAGCAACGACAAGAACUCACGAGACAUACCAAAACACACAAUGUAGUGGUUCCGUUUGGAUGCAAAUUGUGUCUGAAACGCUUUAAGAAACAAGGGUACCUCAUCCGCCAUAUCCGCACGCAUGAUAUUGAGCGUCGUUUGACAGACAAGAUGUGUUUGGAACGCUACGCGCGAAAAGAUGUCCUCGAUCCUCCCAAAAUGAUCCAUACUGCGAACAAACCCUACGAAUGCAAAUACUGUGAUUUCCGCUCCCGUUACCGAGGCAGUCGCAAUAAGCAUGAAGAAACUCAGCACUUCACUCUUCAGUCAGCUGCUGAUAGAGACUCUGAGGUACUUGGCUCCCUUGAUCUCCGCCCUCAGCGACUGGCAUACGCUAAUUCAAACAGUCCUCGGAAAAAGUCCAGCUCAAUCCCGAAUGAUGUCGCCCUACGGAAAACACUCAACAACUCUAAUCCGAUAGACGCCUCUGCGUGCAAUCCUGGAAGUGCGAUCGCUCAAUACGACCUCUCAAUAUACCAGGAGGAGUAUCAGAGGAGCGGUCAAAGAACGACCUUCAGUAACACCUAUGGAAUUCGCGAGCAGCCGAGUUCCGCUUGUACACGCGUUUCUGCACAGGACCAGCACCACCUUCCAAGUAUUCAUAAAAAGGGACUCAUGGAGUGCAGAAUGCGUGAGGCUGCAUACCCACGCGACCACAACAUAAAUCCCCUGCAGGGGUUUGCCGUUGGUGAGCCAGAAGGGUUGCAGCACUUUCAUUAUGGGAAUCUCUUCAGCUAA